GAUAAUUAUUCAUGGGCUCCUGCCUCUGGCUCCUUCCUUUGCACAGCCCCGCUCUGCUGACUCAGUGCCUUAGUCUUCUCGCGCGCGCGCUCUCUCCACUGCUGUAGCUGGACCUCUUUGCCUUCGCAAGCUCGGAGCAUCUGUAGCACCUACGAUGGCUAAGACUGCAAUGGCUUAUAAAGAAAAGAUGAAGGAGCUUUCCAUGCUUUCUUUGAUCUGCUCCUGUUUUUACCCAGAAUCUCGCAACAUCAAUAUAUACACAUACGAUGAUAUGGAAGUCAAACACAUCAACAAACGUGCCUCUGGCCAAGCUUUUGAACUCAUCUUAAAGCCGCCAUCUCCUGUCUCUGAAGCACCACGAACUAUAGCUUCUCCAAAGAAGAAAGAUUUGUCCCUUGAAGAGAUCCAGAAAAAGCUGGAAGCUGCAGAAGAAAGGAGAAAGUCCCAGGAGGCCCAAGUGCUGAAACAACUGGCAGAAAAGAGAGAACAUGAGCGAGAAGUCCUUCAGAAGGCUUUGGAGGAGAACAAUAACUUCAGCAAAAUGGCAGAGGAAAAACUGAUACUGAAAAUGGAACAGAUCAAAGAAAACCGUGAAGCUAACUUAGCUGCUCUUAUUGAACGUCUUCAGGAGAAGGAAAGGCAUGCUGCAGAGGUCCGCAGAAACAAGGAGCUCCAGGUGGAACUGUCUGGCUGAGUCCAGCAGUGGAGGGAAUGGGAUAACUCCCCUGCCUAUAUUAUUACAGAUCAUGAAAUAUUAGUAUAGGAAAUGUAUGACAUGGUUUAAAAAAAUGAAUCAAGAACUCAAUAAAAACAAACAAAAAAAUAAAUAAAACAAUGCAGUCUUUGCAGAAUGAUUUGCUUGAUGUUUAAAAUUAAAACUUGGAUCUUAUUUUGUAAAUACUUACAUUUUUGUUAAAAAAUACAAGUAUUGCAUUAUGCAAGUUAUUUCAUAAUCUUUACACGUCCUGUAACAGGCUUUUGAUGUUGUCUAUUUUCAUUCAGUUAAAUUUGUUAGAACUUUGCUAUGAAGUUCUCUGCAGCAAAAUCCAUGCCAAACUCUAUGCUCGUUCUAACUGAAAACCAAGUCAGAAGAAGGUCUAUGGUGCUACUGUCCAGUCAUCGCUUAAAAAUCUGGAAAGCUUUGCAAUCAAUAAGCUUAAAUCAAUAAGCAAAUGACAGGUAGGCAUUCUUAUUUGAUUAAAUGGUCCAGAAAAUGAAGUCAUAGAACAUUAAGAAAUCAUAAUUUAUUUACAACCCCAGUGUUCUACAAUAGGGAAAAGAGGGCUGCACUGUACAGAAACAAGCCCCACAGAGUUCAGUGAAAUUUAUUCCCCAUAAGCAUCUAAAGGAGAAAGCCUUAGAGCACAUCAGGAUUUAUUUCUGGAUAAAUAUGCAUAGCAGUAUUCACUAAAGCUGUAUGUCUUAAGUUUAGAAGAAAAAAUGAUUCUCUGUUUCAAAAAAAAAAAUUUUUUCAACAAGAAGGCAAAUAGAUAGGUGAUUUCAACUU